CUGGAAAAUGGUUACACCCACUCCUGCUCUAGAACAGAUAGGGACGCUACCACUGUCUGGGCCUGCAGGGAGUGUCCAAUCCGGAUGUGACAGCACGCUGACCCGGAAAAGGAGGGGGCCGGGGCAGUGGGGCCUCGGCCGCGGCUAUGGAGGGAGCCGGUUACAGGGUUGUGUUUGAGAAAGGAGGCGUGUACCUGCACACCAGUGCCAAGAAGCACCAAGACCCGGACUCCCUCAUCGCCGGCGUCAUCCGUGUUGUGGAGAAGGACAGUGAUGUUCUCCUGCACUGGGCUCCUAUAGAGGAGGCUGGAGAUUCCUCCCAAGUCUUCUUCUCCAAGAAGGACACCAGUGGGGGUGACUCCUGCACCUCUGAGGAGGAACCGACCUUUGACCCCGGCUAUGAACCCGACUGGGCUGUCAUCAGCACCGUGCGGCCACGGCCCCGCCAGUCAGAGCCCACGAGAGGUGCAGAGCCCAGCUCCCCCCGGGGCUCCUGGGCCUUCUCGGUGAGUCUGGGGGAGCUCAGAUCUAUCCGCCGUUCCAAGCCGGGCCUCAGCUGGGCCUACCUGGUGCUGGUCACGCAGGCCGGCGGCUCCCUGCCUGCCCUGCACUUCCACCGCGGGGGCACCCGCGCCUUGCUCCGCGUCCUCAGUCGCUACCUUCUCCUGGCCAGCUCCCCACAGGACUCCCGCCUCUACCUCGUGUUCCCCCACGACUCCUCGGCGCUCUCUAGCUCCUUCCAUCACCUCCAGCUCUUCGACCAGGACAGCUCCAACGUGGUGUCUCGCUUCCUCCAGGACCCCUACUCCACCACCUUCAGCAGCUUCUCUCGUGUGACCAAUUUCUUCCGGGGAGCCCUGCAGCCGCACCUGGAGGGGGCCUCCCCCGACCUGCCCCCGCCCCCGGACGAUGAGCCUGAGCCCGGGUUCGAGGUCAUCUCCUGUGUGGAGCUGGGGCCGCGGCCGGCCGUGGAGCGGGCGCCUCCUGUCACAGAGGAGGAGUGGGCUGGCCACGUAGGCCCCGAGGGCCGCCUGCAGCGGGUUCCAGAGCUGAAAGCCCGCAUCUUCUCAGGGGGUCUGAGCCCCAGCCUGCGGCGAGAGGCCUGGAAGUUCCUCCUGGGGUACCUGAGCUGGGAGGGCUCGACAGAGGAGCACAAGGGCCACGUGCGCAAGAAAACGGACGAAUACUUCCGCAUGAAGCUGCAGUGGAAAUCUGUGAGCCCCGAGCAAGAGCGGAGGAACUCACUGCUACACGGAUACCGCAGCCUCAUCGAGCGGGACGUGAGCCGCACCGAUAGGACCAACAAAUUCUAUGAGGGCCCCGAGAACCCAGGGCUGGGCCUGCUGAACGACAUCCUCCUGACCUAUUGCAUGUACCACUUUGAUCUCGGCUACAUCCAGGGCAUGAGUGACCUUCUCUCCCCGAUCCUCUACGUCACCCAGAAUGAGGUGGAUGCCUUCUGGUGUUUCUGCGGCUUCAUGGAGCUCGUGCAUGGGAACUUUGAGGAGAGUCAGGAAACCAUGAAGCGGCAGCUUGGGCAACUCCUGCUGCUCCUCAGGGUGCUGGACCCGCCGCUCUGUGACUUCCUGGACUCCCAGGACUCUGGUUCUCUCUGCUUCUGCUUCCGGUGGCUGCUCAUCUGGUUCAAGAGGGAAUUCCCCUUCCCGGAUGUCCUCCGGCUGUGGGAGGUGCUGUGGACAGGGCUGCCCGGCCCCAACCUGCACCUGCUGGUGGCCUGCGCCAUCCUGGACAUGGAGCGGGACACCCUCAUGCUUUCUGGCUUCGGCUCCAAUGAGAUCCUCAAGCACAUCAACGAGCUGACCAUGAAGCUGAGCGUGGAGGAUGUGCUGACGCGGGCCGAGGCCCUCUACCGGCAGCUGACCGCCUGCCGGGAGCUACCCCACAACGUGCAGGAGGUCCUAGGCUUGGCAUCACCGGCAGAGCCCCAAAGCCCCUCGCCCCCUGCCUCACCGCUGCCACUGUCGCCCACCCGGGCCCCACCGGCUCCACUGCCCCCGGUGGACACGGCCACAUCCACACAGCCCGACAGCAGCCUGGAGAUCCUGCCUGAGGAGGACGACGACGAGGAAGGCGUCGACUCUUAACUGUGCUGGGUGACCACAGCAGCCCCACGGGACUAGACACUUGAUCCAGCUCCUGCCUCAGGACCCCGCCCCUGCCGAGUCUGAGGAUGCAGGAGUAGAGGGGCGGGGCCCUCCACCCGUGCCGCCUCCUCUCAGCUGAUUUCUUGAAACUGACACUUUCCUGUCCAGGUGGCCUCGAGAGGGUGGAGUAGGAAGGCCACCACGCUGGCUUGGCCCUGGAUCGGGAGGCAGGUGGUGGCAGCUCAUGGUCUCCCCAGACUGCUCUGCAGUCGAUGUCUGACUGCUGUGACCCUUAUCUGGCCAAUGAGGUGUAAGAGGCAGCCCCUUGGGGGUGGGUGAGUGGUGGGGACUUGUGGAGGCAGGGCUCCCUUACCUGCCUGAGUUUUGGGCUUUUGGAGGAGCGAGGAUGGGGUACUGGUGUGCAGCCGCCACGUAGUAGAUGAACUGGGGUACAUCCUGGACCUAACUCAAUGGGAGGGCGUGUGGAGCUGCUCGCUCGGGCCCUGCCGACCAGCUUCUUGUUAUGAGAAAAAUAAACUCGUGUUUCACCCACUGUC